UUCGUUUGUCGUUUGACGUUGUUUGAUUCCUCUCAGUUUUCACUUUAUUAUAUUUUGUAUUGAUAUUAAUUUGGAGUAGAAUAUGUUGGGCUUUCAUUCGUAUAUUUUGACAGGAGUCUGAGAAAUUUGCAAUUUUUAACUAUGGAUUCGCCUUCAAUGGAAACUAUUUAUCAGGCCAUCAGUGCCUUGUAUGAUAACCCUAAUACAUCAGAAAAAGAAAAGGCUUCACUUUGGUUGGGAGACGUUCAAAAAUCGAUACACUCAUGGAAAAUAGCAGAUCAACUGUUGCAGCAGAAAAAAGACGUAAAAUCAUGUUAUUUUGCGGCGCAGACGAUGAGAUCAAAAGUACAACACAGUCUGUCAGAGCUGCCACAGGAGGCUCAGAUUUCCCUGAGGGAUUCUCUCAUCAGUCAUUUGGAAGGCAUAUCCUCGGACGUCACUCCUGCUAUCCUCACUCAACUGUCCCUAGCCCUGGCUGACUUGGCGCUGCAACUUACAUCUUGGCAAAAUUGUGUCCAUGAUCUUAUUAAACUGUUCUCAAGUAAAAAUGAAUUUGCAUUAUUAGAAGUAUUGACAGUCCUACCUCAGGAAACCGACUCGUCCAGUCUGAAACUUGGUGAGAACAGACGGGAAGAAAUCAAACAAGAGCUGCGAGCAAAUUCACAAAUAGUAUCAUUUUUUCUUAAAGAGUGUAUUAAUAAUUCCCAAAGUUCUCAUGUGGCAUUAAAAAUAGUGAAGUGUAUGACAUCCUGGAUACAAGCGGGAGCCAUGAACAUCCAAGAAGUGCCGCAGAAUGCAGUCAUAGGCUUCAGCUUACAAGUGUUAAAAGACCACAAUUCUAUAAACAUUUUACAUGAUGCAGCGUCGGACUGUGUGUGUGCUAUACUGCAUUGUUUAGAGAACAGUACUUGUGAUGAUGAUGUUACAAAAUUGUUAUUUGAUAGUGUGGCCUCCCUAGAGGAAAGUUAUCAUAUGGCCGUAGCUCAGGAGGAAGAGGAAAAGGCAGCUAACUACGCCAGAAUGUUUACGGAGCUGGCGGAGACAUUCUUACAUGUUAUAAUUAUCAAUACGUACAAUGGCACUCCGCACUAUGCUAUGAGGGCUUUGGAGCUAGCUCUGACCUGUGUUGGCCAUCAUGACUACGAAGUAGCGGAGAUCACAUUCAAUCUCUGGAUUUGUUUAGCGGAGGAGAUCUAUGACAAAAACUACCAACCCUUCACAGAUGUCUUCAAACCUCAUAUCGAGAGGCUCAUUGAGGCUUUAGCGAGACACUGUCAGUAUGAACCUGAUCUCACACAGUUGCCACAAGAAGGGGACGAGUUUUAUGAAUUCCGAGUGAAAGUGUUCGAGUUGAUCAAAGAUGUAGUAUUUAUAGUGGGCUCUAGCUCAGUGUUCAGAAAGAUGUUCGGAGUGCUUCAGGCCGACCUGCCCUGGGAACAGACCGAGGCUGCACUCUUCAUAAUGCAGGCUGUUGGGAAAAAUAUACUACCCGAGGAGUACGAGUAUGUACCGAAGGUAGUGGAGGCGAUCUUGUCGAUGCCGGAUAGCGCGCACGAAGCGGUCCGCCGCACUUGUCUGGCGCUGCUGGGCGAGCUGUGCGAGUGGGUCCAGCGACACCCCGCCUGUCUGCCCGCGUGUCUGGACGCUCUGCUACGCGCCCUGCCCCGGCCCGCCCUGGCCCCCGCCGCCGCCGCCGCUCUGCAGAGCAUAUGCCGUGCGUGUCGCUCCGACGCCGCCCAGCACUGCGGUCAGCUGCUGACGGCCGUGCGUCGGGCCGACGAGCUGCAGCUCCCGCCGCCCGCCGCCGCCACGCUACUGCGCGCCCUGGCCGCAGCGGUCGGCCGCCUGCCGCCGUAUCGACUUGCGGAAGCCAUGAGCGAAGCCACGGCCGUCCAGCUGGCCGGCCUCGUCCGCCUGCUGGAGGCUCCCUCGACGGAAGUCCGAAAGGGAACCACCGCCGACCCCAUGCUGUGGCUGGACCGACUGGCGGCGCUGUUCCGGGACGUAGACGUGGCCACGCCGCCCUCCGAGCCGCAUCCCUGUCUGCCCGCCUUCAAGGAAGCCUGGCCCGUCGUGCACAGGAUCAUGAACAAAUACGUGACGGAGUGGCGCGUCAUGGAGCGUUCGUGUCGCUGCGUGCGGUUCAUGGUUCGAUGUACCGGGAAGCAUGCGGUGGAGAUGCUGGACGAGCUGGCGAGGGCUCUGCCCGUGCUGUACGCGAGGUGUCCCCACUCUUGCCUGCUGUACCUGGCGGCCGUCAUUACGGACACGCUGGCGGACGACGGCCCGGCCACCUCCGCCUCCCUCACCCGCCUCUUGCACGACCUGCUACCCCGGGCAGUCACCCUCCUCACGGCGCCCGGCGGGCUCAAGGACAACCCGGACACAGUGGACGAUCUGUUCCGACUCUGCGUUCGAUAUCUGCAACGCUGCCCGGCAGCGCUGGUGGGCGGCGGAGGAGGAGGCGAGGGCGGCGCGCUCGUGGGCGUGCUGCAACUGGCGUCCGCGGCCUGCUCCCUCGACCACCGCGACGCGAACGGCACCGUCAUGAAGUUCCUUCUGGAGGUGGUGCGCACGGCCAACGCGGCCAGAAACAAGGGCGAAGCGGAGAGGAGCCCCGUGCAAGCGGCGGCGGUGAGCGCGGUGAGUGCUCUGGGCGAGUCGUUGACGUACGCGCUGUUGGAGGCUUCGGCGCUCCACCUGCACGCCUACAUGCUUGGGGACGUGGCGGAGGUGCUGCUGCAGCUGCUGUCGUGGCAGCGCGCCCCCACCGGGGCCGCGGAGAGCGACUGGCUCCGAUCUAGUUUGCUACGUUUGCCGCGCCGACCUCCCGCGCCCACGGACAUUCAGUGUGCGCAAUUCCAUCAGUACGCGCUCAGGGCCGAGAAGUGCAAGGAGAUGACUCGUCUGCUGCGAGACUUCGCCCGACUCUAUCGAUAACGGGCCCACAACGGACCGAUAUCCCCGGACCCGUCGCCGCCUGAGCCCGACGCGGUCCCCGUUUACAAUAUUCAAAUCUUUCCCGACGAGUGAUGCGAAACAAAAAGGAAUCGAAUCUUUGAAAGGAACGUCGGAACUCUUGUACUCGUCCGAGUACUUCGUUUUUCAUGUGCUUUGUCACAUACUGUUCACCGAGUCUCUGGAUGUCUAUGUUUAUCUGAAGGCGCUGUGGACGCCCACACGCGCCGGCAGCGAGGCGCCCAAACGAGAACUCGUCUCUUCAAAUGAACGUCACCCCUCAGAGAUCGCUCGGAAGCAAUAAACGAAUUAGCGAGUCUCGCUGGAGUGACGGCGCGGCUCCUGCUACAGCUUGAUACUGGAUGUUAUAAUUGAAUUGAAAUCAAAUGAGGCGCCGGUCGAGGGGAGUCCUCUCCUUGCCGGGGGAGCGCGCCCGUAGCCCCCCUAGGUAGGUACGUUAUACGUUUUGACGCUAGGCCUUCUAAGACUCGUCGGUUAUAAGUUGGAAAGAAUCGUGGACGUAGCGCGGACUUAUAGUUUAUAUACAUGAUGAUAAAAUAAAAUUAUUACUUCUGAAAUAUUCUAUUGACCAAAAAUGUAUCACAGGUAUCGAAUGAGAGAAUAAAUUAUAUGGAAAUAUUGAAUACAUUGUAACUUUGUAAAUAAUGAGUUUCCGGUGAGCUCGCGGCCCGGAACACUUCCGGACUCCUUGUAUAAAGAUUAAGUUUUCAUUACUUGAAAUGUGAUAAAGCUACAUUGAAUUGUAAAUAUUUAUUAAAAUGUUUACUUUUUA